UUCCUUUCUCGUACUUACAUCCUUACUAUCGUUCGCUAAUAAUAAUUUCCUUUCGUUUAUUGAUUUGUUAAUAUUGAAUAUGCUAUCUACAUCAAAUUCGCCAUCUAAGCAACAGUAUAUGACGCCUCGAAAUACUGCGGUAGUUACUAGGCCUUCUUUGGAGAAAUUAAGAUACACCAAUAACUCAACAAGUAAUCAAAUCUAUGAUAUCUUUAAUUCACCAUUCCAUACACCUUCUCUUUUCGGCACUGGCACAGUAACACCAUCAACCCUUAAGAAUGACGCCAAUAAUGACGACUAUUUGGACAGAUAUUGUUGUAGUAGAGAGGACUUCCGGUUCUUCCAGUCUACUUCCCCUGAAUCGCUCUUUAAUAUGAUGGCUGAUAUCGAAUGCUCAUCUUCUUCUUCAGAAAAUACCAGAGCGCAUUCACCCAAAUGUGAUCUCUUUGGUGAAUCUUCUUCUACCAUGACAGUAGGUGAUAUGCUGAGACCAGAUUACUCCACAGCUGCUACUGCUACAACUGCUACUGCCACAACUCCUGUCGGUCCACCCAUUCUGUACUACCCCAGUCAAAGCAAGGUUAGUCGCAUUUUAAAGUGCCCCUUAUAUCAAAGAGCACACAGUGAGCACAAUUGUUCGAGGCCAUGUCUAAUACAUUUUGUCAAGUAGUAUGAUCAAGCCAUUUUCACUGAUUAUAGUAACCCAUAUACAUAUAAUCAGCAUAUAGUUGAAGAGGACAAUAUGUAUGGAACUGAAUCCAUACCUAAUCUUCGUCAACAGCUGAAAGAAGCCAAUGAGACUAUUCAAACACUAAUGAAGCGUUCUAACUUGCUCAAUAACGAAUUAGAAAAA